UGAAGUCGGUGUGGUGUGUGCUACUGCGGGGGGGGGGGGGGGGGGGGCCUCAGCCCCCCUGACUCCGCCACUAAACGUAUCAUCAAUGUCUUGUUCUUUGUAGAGAAGCUUUGUAAAUGUAAACAAAAUCGUAAUAAGCAAAAAACUUUGAUACUUUCAUCUGUUCAUAGAAAUUUGCAUUUCGAAAACUAUUCAUUCUAAUUUUAGAGUUAUCAAAAUAAAGUCAUAUUUAGAAUCUUUAAUUAAUUUUCUUAAAUUUUGAAAGAAUAUUAUUUCUAUUUUAUUGAAAUUAUUUUUAAAUUCAUUUUUUACGAUUAUACAAAAAUAUUUCAGUCUGAAAUCUUAAAUGACAUUAUUAAACACAUAAAUCAAUGUAGUUUUAAAGAUGAAAAAAGAAAUAUCUUAUAAUCUAAAAUGAUAUAUAAUAUACCAUCAAAUGUGAAUAUUUUUUUGUUCAUAAAUUCGAAUAAUCUUAAUUAAUUAUUUUUUUUUUUCUUCUAGUCGGAUAUGAUCUCUAUUGAUAUAGAUGGUCCAUCAACAAUGCUUAGUUCUAUUUGUGAAUCAAUAGUUAUAACACAAGGUUCUGUUUAUACAAAUACUCUAUCAAAAACACAAUCUGAAAAAUCAAAUAUUCAAUCUAUAUCUGAUUCAUCAUUACUUCCUGUUUCAAAUCAAUAUGAAGAAUAUCUUAUUCAUACAUCACAUGCUUUAAAAAAUGAUAAAAUUGAAGUACUCAAUUCAUGGCAUGAUCAUACUAUUAUUAAUGGUAGUAGUACACCAUGGUGUAGUCGAUUUAAACCAAUAAAACAUAUUCCACCAUCGAUAAAUACAACUCCAAUAAAUAAUUCAUCAUUUCAACAUAUUGAACAUAAUAAUCUUGAUUUAAACAAACAACAAAAAUCUACACGUGAUAUAUCUUUAUCACCUAUACUAUUACCUUUAGAAAAACAUUAUCAAACAACAUGUACAUCACCAAUAACAAUUCGUCAAACAGUUGAUCAAUCAUGUCAAUAUAGUCCACCAUUAAUAAAACAUGAUCAAGGUUUACAAUGUAGUUUAGACACUAAAACAAAUUAUACACAAGUAUCAUCAUAUGAUAUACCAAAUUUUUUACAAACACAAGAUGGAAUACAAACAUCUGAUAAUAUUCAUUAUAGAACAAUGUUAAUACAUCCAACAAUACUUGAGCGUAGUUCUGAUUCUGGUAUACUUGUUGAUGAUAAUCAUCGUAUGAAAUUAAAUUUAGGUUUACAAGUUGAUAUGAAAAGUUCAUCAUCCGAUAGUGAAGAUAUAUCUGAAGUAACAACACGUCCAAUUAUACGACAAAGACCAUUAAAUACGAAUAUUAUUUAUGAAAAUCCAACAAUAAUGAAUUCAAAUUUAAAACUCUCAACUAAUGAUAUUGAACAAGAAAUUUUACAAUUACGUCGUGAACGAGCUCAUAUACUUGAUUUACUUUCAUUAAAUUGGAGUCGAUCAAAUAUAUGGGUAGAAUUAACAGAAGCAAAAUUAAAUUAUAUUAUUGGAGAAACAGGUAAAUCAAUUUAG